AUGCAUGCUAACUCCAGCGAAAAUGAGGCAUCUAUGCUGAAGAAGGAGAAUCACGCUCUAGAGCAGAAGAUUAUCAAGCUUGAGCAGCAAGUCAUAUCUCUUGAGGGCAAACUUGAGAUAUCAAGUUCUAGAUACAAGCAACUCCUGGAAUGCAUUGGCUCUCUUGGCAUCAGCACACCCACGGACCCCUUUACUGAAAUAUUGAAGAUGGUGCAUGAGGCCAACAUACAGAUCCCAGUACAUUGCAAAGAUGACUAUGAUGGUGUGUACUACUGGUUCAAGAGUGACUGGACAAAGGAAUAUAUGGGUGGUCAUGGUGUCCUCAAAGUCAAGUGCCCUGAUGGCACUGGCUCCACAUCCUAUCUUGUCAAUGAAGAUGGUUUUGUCAUGUCAGAGGCCAUCCAGCAGAAAAUGUGUGAGACUCUCCACACACUCUGGUUUACAUUGCUCAGAUUUGGGCAUGCACCUACCUCAUGGACAAAGAUCAACAUACUGGCCCUUGAAUUUGUUCGACUUUUGAUGCAGAAGGCAUUUGUGCACUUUUACUUGUGCAAUUCUGACUGGAAGACCAAUCAAUUUGCUAUCCGACAUUACCCACAAUGGAUACAUAGGCCAAAGGAGCUGGGUAAUACUGGCACACAGGAGAAGGUCAUCAAACAGGAGAGCUCUCACAAAAUGUUAGUACACACAGCAUCUGCAAAAUCAAAGCAACUGCAAUCCAUCACCAUAUCACCAUCCACAACACAUCCAAAGAAGAAGGAGGACCAUGAGACAUCCUACAAUAACAAUAGACUACUGGCACCAUUGCAGUCUACUCUUGCCAGCACUGUGCUAUGUGCUGUCAAGAUUGUCAACCCACUGACAGGUUUGUUUAAAACAAAGUUGGAGACUCCAUCUGGCAUUAUCCCUACUGGCGUGAUGCCACCUGCCACUGCUUUCUCCUCAACAAAUGACCUCAUUGCACAUAUGGCAACUCUUCUAUCAAAUUCUAUUCUGGCUACAAAGGAUACCACUACCCAUACUACUCCAAAUGCUGCAGUUGCCAUCACUGCUGACUUCGAUGCAGAUUCCACAAAGGCUACCAAGAAGAACUUCAAGAAAAACCCAAAUGCAACCAAGGAGACAAAUGAUUGA